AUGAGUUCAGAGAAUGAAGAAAAGUGUGAAGACGAAGUCCCAGAUCUAAGGCCCUGCCCCGGAGGCUGUCACACACGCAGGCGCCCCGCCCACACCUGCUGCCCCGCGCAGAAGGCAGCGGAGCGGAGCCGGAGCGAGGGCCCGCCGCCCGGGCCUGGCCAGGCUUUCCGGCUCGGACCCCUCCUCGCGGGCCUCCCUCCCCGGGCGCCCCCGGGGGCGAACGCGCGCGUCCCAGGGCGCCGGGCCCCGGCGUCGGCUGCGGGUCGGGGCAGCGCGGGCCGCCGGCCGGGCCCAGGCCUCCCGCGUCCCCCCGGCGCCCCCUCCCGGGAGGGACGACAAACCACCCAUCUGAAAAACAACGGCGAUGGGAAGCCCCGCGGCGGGGUCGCGCUGGUCCCGGGGCCGAGCGGCCGCGGGCCUUCCGCCCGCCGCGCCCGCCGCCGCCGCCGCCGCCCGGGGCUGCUGCUGCCCGGCCUCUGGCUGCUGCUGCUGGCCCGGCCGGCCUCGUGCGCGCCAGAUGAGCUCUCUCUGGAACAGCACAACCUUUCUCUAUCCUCCGUGGAGCUCACGCUGAAGAAGAGCACCGUGCACAGCACUGCACAUGUGGCCUUAACAGAAACUGCUCCAGGGUCCCAGCAAAGCCCUUCUCUCCACAUCAUAUCAUCUCCAUCUACCGCUCCUUUUGAUACAACCUUUUUUAACCAAGGAAAACUGACCCAAAAUACAGCAGAUCACAGCAUCUUUGUGGCAAAUUACGUGUCAGUGACGAGCAACGAGGUGGUCAUAAAUGAUGAUGAAAUGGAUAACUUUUUGCCAGAAACUCACUGGACCACUUCCCAUGCGGUUUCUUCAAUACAGGAUGUCACAGUCGGCCCACUGGGGCUGCCCGAGGAAACCUUAGACUCUGUGCUGACUCCAUCAUUACCCGCGAUUUCUUUACAAGAUGAAGAAGUGACGUCAGCCUGGCAGAACACAGUGCAGCAACCAACAACGAGUGCUGAGGCCCCCAGUCAUUUCGAUGCUUUUCUGUCAGCUUUUUCCACUGCUGAGGGCAUAAUUCCAACUCCUGGGAGGAAUUUGGUGCUUUAUCCUACUGACACUUAUGGGCACUUACCAAACAGGACUUUGCCAGAGAUCGUGGCUUCAGGAACAGAGGAUGUGGAAACCCUCCCUUUUAGCACGCCAUCUUCAGUGCCUCAGCUGUUAGGCGAUGGCAUUACUCAACAGCCAUUUCCCCGCUUGGAGGAGGUCUCACCGUCUCCAGAGGAUGUUCUGGCCACAGGUGCAGACAGAUACCCUGAUGUGACCACUGCUUUGCUUCAAAGUCUGAAAGAAGCCACCUCUCCAAGAACGUACUCUGCUGCAGCUGUAUCACAGACAGCCCUUGCUUUCAGCAGCAGCAGCAGCAGCAGCAGCAGCAGCACAAAUUCAGAUUUGUUUUCAACUCCUCUUGCAUUUGUAUCCUUUUCUACUCAACCUGCUGAUGUUUCAUAUAACCCCUUUCUUCCCGGCAACUCCAUCGAAACAUCACAAUCGCCUGGCAAUUCGGUGGUCCCAAGUCAUGUGGCCAAGACUCACGUUGGGAGCCCCAUGUCUUCACUCAGACCGUACACAUGGUGCAUGUCCUGCACUCUGGCGUCACCUCAGCACAUUCUGCCAACGAGCCUCAUGGAGAAAGACGUGGGAUCUGGGGACGGUGCUGAGACCCUGUCUGUGACAGUAUUGGAAGUGAGCAGCAUCUCUCCACUGAGCAGCGUAGUAGUGGACUUCUCUGAAUUUGAAGGAGAGCCUCAAGAAUUUAAUACACUUUUUCCCUCAAGACCGAUAGUUCCACUUUCUUCUCGAUCUGUGGAAAUCUCAGAAAGGAGCACUGGUAUUUCAGCCGAGGUGGAUAUGAGUAUUGUUAUGACCACACCAGUGUAUCCUUCCCACGGCCACCUCUCUGUACCAGUGUCACUUGAUACUGCUACUUUGGGCUUGCCCUCUGUCGCUGAAACACAAGUAAUGCCAUCCAGUGUAACAGCUGUGUUUUCCUCGGUCACCACCAGUGUUCUCCUUGACUCAUCUUUCCCCGUCACAGCAAACAAAAACACACCAUCGCUCGCUCUCAGAGACCCUAGUCUUUUUGCAUCGUACACUUUGGCUCCUUCAGUAGAGUCUUCACUUUUCCCUGACCGAGAACCAGCCAGUUUUUUCCAACAUGAAACUGGAAGUAUUUUGGAUUUUGCCUCUAGCUUUUUCUCAACUCCACCGCUGGAAUUCAGCAGCUUGGUCCCCCUAUCUUCAGAAGUACUUUCUUCUCCAUCUCUGAUGUCAAGUGAUUUGUCAGUCUUCUUUUCUCAGACUUUUUCUACCUUGGUUGAGACACUUAUCUUGUCUGACUCUAUCCACUUGCAGUCACCUCAGCUUUCUGUUCCUAAUUCCACAAACCUUGGAUUUUCUCAGCUCCUGCCAAGUUCAGACUUGCUUUUAAAUACACUCACUGUUCUGCCUAGUUACUCUGAAACAUCACUACGGUCCAGCUUCCCCUCUGAUUCUCUCAAGUUCUCUGAAGCAUCAACAGUUUCACUGGCAGAUUCUGAAAGUCAUUUUACCUCAGCCCUCACUGAAACUACCUCCUAUUUUGAGUUUUCACUCAUCUCCCAUGAAUCCGCAGUCACCACACUGGGGCCCUCCAGUUCUGAGCCCACCCUUGACAUUUGGACUGCUGGAACUCACUCAACCUCACUUUUGACUGCUUUUCGUACUACACCCAUUUUAACAGAGUCUUCUCUCUUUUCAACUCUGAUACCUUCCAGUGAUGAUAUCAGUGCUACAAAUGAUCACGCGUCUGUCUUUUCCUCUUUCUCCAAAGUCAUUCCUACCACUACAGUACUGGUCACUGCCGUGUACUCGUCAUCAGCGUCCUCAUUGGUUUCUGAGCUGACCCCCUCACCUCUGCCUACAGAGCCGAUCUUUGUGGGCCCGUCAUUCACACCCACAGACCUACCGAUGAACACCUCCACUGAACUGAGCACAUCUAAUACCAGUGCUGCCCCUGAUAAUACCAUUGGCACCACCCUGAACAGCAAAACUGCAAGUCAGAAUCCCCACGGAAGCAGCACGACGCUCCCCCUGCCAUCCCUUCAUCCGGUGAUCACCCCCACUCCUCAAGCACCAGUUGAUACUCCAGCGCUGGUCACCACCAAGCUGCCAUAUGUAUGUGAUAUUACAGUUCCUGAUGCCUAUUUGAUCACAACUGUGCUGGCCAGAAGAGCCGUGCAGGAGUACAUCAUCACAUCCAUCAAAGAGGUGUUGAGGAUUCACUUCAAUCGUGCCGUGGAGCUCAAGGUUUAUGAACUAUUCGCUGAUUUCACUUUUCUGGUAACAUCUGGUCCUUUUGUUUACACGGCAAUAUCAGUCAUAAAUGUACUUAUAAAUAGUAAACUUGUACGUGACCAAACUCCUUUAAUCCUGUCUGUGAAACCUUCCUUCCUUGUGCCAGAGUCCAGGUUCCAAGUCCAAACAGUACUUCAGUUUGUGCCUCAGAGUGUGGAUACUGGCUUCUGCAACUUCACCCAGCGCAUUGAGAAAGGCCUGAUGGUAGCUCUCUCUGAAGUGAGAAAACACCACCAGGGGACGUACAACCUCACGGUGCAGAUCUUGAAUAUCACCGUGGGUUCUUCAAGGGUGGCUCCUCGGCGGGGCCCAGUGAACAUUGUCUUUGCUGUGAAAGGCUCGCAGGGGUUUCUGAAUGGGUCGGAAGUGAGCGAGCUGCUCAGGAACUUGAGCGUGGUGGAGUUCAGCUUCUAUCUGGGAUACCCGGUGCUACAGAUCGCCGAGCCCUUCCAGUACCCACAGCUCAACUUAUCUCAGUUGUUGAAGUCCUCUUGGGUGAGAACAGUCCUCCUGGGCGUCUUUGAGAAGCAGCUCCAGAAUGAAGUGUUUCAAGCUGAGAUGGAGCGCAAACUGGCCCAGCUGCUCAGUGAGGUUUCUACCAGAAGGCGGAUGUGGAGAAGGGCCACCGUCACUGCCGGGAACAGCGUGGUGCAGGUGGUAAAUGUGUCAAGGCUGGAGGGAGAUGACAAUCCCGUGCAGCUCAUCUACUUUGUGGAGGAUCAAGAUGGAGAAAGACUCAGUGCAGUCAAGUCUUCAGACCUGAUCAACAAGAUAGAUGUCCAGAGAGCAGCCAUUAUCUUGGGUUACCGAAUUCAAGGCGCUGUUGCCCAACCCGUGGACAGGGUAAAGAGGCCGUCCCCAGAGUCUCAGAGCAGCAACCUCUGGGUCAUUGUGGGCGUGGUCAUUCCAGUGCUGGUGGUGAUGGUGAUCGUUGUCAUCCUCUACUGGAAACUCUGCCGCACGGACAAGUUGGACUUUCAGCCUGACACGGUGGCCAACAUUCAGCAGCGUCAGAAGUUGCAGAUCCCUAGCGUCAAGGGCUUCGAUUUUGCUAAGCAGCAUCUGGGUCAGCACAAUAAAGAUGACAUCUUGAUUAUUCAUGAGCCAGCACCACUGCCAGGCCCUGUGAAGGACCACACCACGCCCUCUGAAAACGGAGAUGUGCCGAGCCCCAAGGCGAAGAUCCCGGCCAAGAACGUCCGUCACAGAGGAAGAGUUUCUCCCUCAGAUGCCGACUCUACAGUGAGCGAAGAGUCCAGCGAUAGGGACGCAGGAGACAAGACGCCAGGAGUGGUGAACGACGGCAAGUCCCACAGAGCCCCACAGAGUGGGCCACCGCCCCCCAGUUCAGGGAAUGAACAGCACUCGUCAGCCUCCAUCUUUGAGCACGUGGACAGGAUCUCCCGCUCCUCAGAGGCCAGUCGGCGGGUCCCCAGUAAGAUCCAGCUGAUUGCCAUGCAGCCGAUCCCAGCUCCCCCAGUUCAGCACCCCAUACUGGCUGACCGAGUGGCAGAAACCAACAAAAUUAACAAAGAGAUUCAGACGGCGCUGCGACACAAGUCGGAGAUCGAGCACCAUCGGAACAAGAUCCGGCUCCGCGCCAAGCGCCGCGGCCACUACGAGUUCCCGGUGCUGGACGAGCUGUCCUCGGGCGACACGCGCGAGCGGCACCGCGUGUACCGCCGGGCGCAGAUGCAGAUCGACAAGAUCCUGGACCCCACGGCCAGCGUGCCCUCCGUGUUCAUAGAGCCCCGGAAGAGUUCGCGGAUAAAGCGUUCUCCCAAGCCACGCCGGAAACACCAGGUCAACGGCUGCCCUGGAGAUGCCGAGAAGGACAGGCUGAUCACCACAGACAGUGACGGCACUUACAAAAGGCCCCCUGGCGUCCACAACUCUGCCUACAUUGGCUGCCCAUCCGAUCCUGACCUCCCAGCAGAUGUGCAGACACCGUCUUCUGCUGAGCUGGGGAGGUAUCCAGGCCUGCCCUUCCCGGCCUCCCAGUAUGUCCCGCCCCAGCCGUCCAUUGAGGAGGCGCGCCAGACCAUGCACUCUCUCCUGGAUGACGCUUUUGCCCUCGUGGCCCCCAGCAGCCAGCCUGCCAACGCUGUGGCUGCAGGCCCCGGGGUCCCAGCCGGCCUGGCUGUGAACAGCACUCCUUCCCGGGAAGAGAGGCGAGCCACUCAAUGGGGAUCCUUCUACAGUUCAGCUCAGACAGCCAACAACCCAUGCAGUAGAUAUGAAGACUAUGGAAUGACUCCCCCUUCAGGCCCAUUGCCGAGACCAGGUUUUGGCCCCGGUUUGCUGCAGUCUUCGGAGCUGGUGCCUCCUGAGCCCCAGCAGCCACAGGCGUCGGCUGAUGCCCCAUUUGCUGCCCGAGGGAUCUACUCUGAGGAGAUGCCGUCGGUGGCCCGGCCUCGGCCUGUCGGUGGCACCACAGGCUCCCAGAUCCAGCACCUGACGCAGGUGGGAAUUGCGAGCAGAAUUGGAGCUCAGCCAGUGGAGAUCCCAGCGAGCAGAGGUGCCCAGUACGGGGGACCAGGCUGGCCUUCGUACGGGGAGGAUGAAGCAGGGCGCAGAGAGGCCGUGCCAAGGACUUCAGGCAGGGAGCCCUCAGCUCCUCCCGGGAACCUCCCACACAGGGGGCUGCCAGGCGCCGGGCUGGCUUACCCUACCAGCUCCACGGAAGACCUCCAGCCCAGCCACUCCUCAGCUUCUCUCAUCAAAGCGAUCCGUGAGGAGCUCCUCCGGCUCUCCCAGAAACAGACCGCCGUGCAGAACUUCCACAGCUGAUGGGCCUCGCCUUGCAGAUUUGCCAAGUAUCUGCUUCCCGUGGAAGCAAGACUAAAAGGAAAUCAGCUGAAUGGGUGUUUGUAAGAGGACGAGCAUCUCCUGGACUAGGUGCCCACGUCAAGGAGCAAGUUGCAAUUUUAGAGGAUGCCAUAAGUCACGUGACAGCUCAUGAUGCUUUUAAAUAAGUUGGCAAUUUUGUGACCACUUGGGUUCAAUCGAAAUUUACAUACUUUGGGCCAAAAGCCAGCAGCACUUCACGAAAGACAAACCACAAACCUAAGCUAACAAAAUUACCAAGUUAGUCCUCUUUUUAAAGGCAAAAGAUGAAAAUGUGUAGAGGGUCUAGGGAUUCAAGGAUCCAGCGUUUCCGGGGGAAGAUGUGAUUCAGACUGGUUUGUACGAUGAACCUGCUGCUUUGUUUUCUGAGAAAAGAGAUUUGAAGACAUUUUAUUAACAGCUUGAUUUCCCUCUUUUUCUCCAUAGGAACUUAUUUUAAUAGUAAUAUUAACAACAAGAAUACUAAGACUGUUCGGGAAUUAAAAAAGCUACUAGUGAGAAACCAAAUGAUAGAUUGUAGAGCCUGAGGAUUCCAAACUGAAGCCAUCAUCUGCAUUUUCCUUCUUCUUCUGGUGCUACAGCUCCGAGAGCCCCUUCUCGUUAUGUGUGUGAAAUGCAACUUUGGCUUUAUCAACGGAAGAAUAUGUUGAAGGUUUCAUUUUGUUCUAGAAAGAAAAAAAAAACCCUUCCCAAUCAGGGGAGGAAAGCUUAGUAUUUAUUUGGUUAUUCAAAAUACAUAUCAAAAUUUAGAUUUACAUUCUUCAUUGUAUUUGCUGUUAAUUCACUGGGCACGUGCAACUGCCGAUAGCAUCCCAUUCAGCACGUGCCAGCAUUAAGGCCAGUCCUGUAGAAUGAGGCUCUCAGGAGGUCCUAACCCGUCCUUGCACUUUGCUGGUGAGUUGCUCACAAACUGUUUGAAUGAGAAAUCUUACAUAAGCAAAACUUCUUUUUAAAACUUCCUCAUACCACCGAUUGUUAUUCAUGAAUACGUUCCUAGCAAUCUAAUUCUCUGUGUUCGACACCUGGAGAUGAGACUGUGGUUCGGUCUCUCGGUAAUGAAUCAAGAAAUGUAAAGAGGAGCUUUGAGACUGUGAGGGAAGGAGAGAGUUGCUCCGAAUUCCUCAUUCUGUUGUGCGUGACGCUGCUGAGUGACUGUUAGAACCAUCUGAUGUACUUUGGCCCUGACAGAGGGUAUCAUCUCAAUUGAGAUUUACUCCUGAAGUAACCAUUUCCCCACUUCCCAAAUUAGAAUAAGAAAUAUAACAACCAGGGCUGCUCUGUUUCCCAUGAGCUAAGUGAAAUUCAGGAGAAAAACAGACCUGGAGAACAGAUUUCCACUAUAAUAAUCCUCUUUUUUAAAUCAACUAAUACUUUUAAUUAAACAAUAGAUAAACAGGCAGAAUUUGGGGCUCUGAGUAAUCAAAAUCUGUGCAUCUGUGCCAAAUUUAAGAACCCUGAAACAGCUAAAAUAGGAUUCCAAAGUGUCAGCAUUGGGUUCUGGAAUCAUGUUUCAGCGCCUCCUUAAUUAAGCCGGUCAUACAAACCUGUAGUGUAGGGAAAAUUGGUUCUGGGAAGUUCAAAUGUAGUCAUUUCCUAUCUGUGCCCCUCUGAAAGAGGAGUGGGCAGGAGAAGGGUCUCUCCAGGAUGUUAAAUAAAGGAAUGAAACUCCUUUUCAAGCAGUCCUCACAGGCCCCAAAGAGCGUGGGAGAGAAGACCCUCCUCUGGGCUUGGUUCUUAGCUCUUGGUCUUGGUUUAAUACCAGACUUUCCCCCAAGUGGAGGAUUCUCUUUGCAAUGUCCACCAGAAAUAUCAGGUUUCCUGAAUGUUAUUAAGAAUUUCAACAUCCCACAACUAGAAGGACCUGCAACUAAGAUAUACAACCAUGUAUGGGGGGGCGGUUUGAGGAGAUAAAGCAGAAAAAAAAAAAAGAAUUUCAGAUAGCCAAGCAGAAUUUUAUCUAACAGUGAAUUCAGAUCAUGUGACAGCUAAUGGAAUAAAUGCAGGCCUCUCUUCUUCCGUUCUACUCAAGGUCUUAAGUGUUUGCACGCAGAGUGUACUAAAAAGGGUCACCUCCCUUGUAUGUUGCAGAAACGGGCCUCUGUUUUAAAGGGGGCUGCGAUAGCAAUUUUGAUGCCUUUCAAACGAGCAUAAAAGGAUUCUACCUGUAUUGUUAUUCUUAGAAUUGGUACACUUUUAUACCGUUUCAGGACCAAAGGUAACGUAUAAUAAACAACUAGUGGUGGUGAGUGGUGUGGUUUGAGCAGGCCCUUGGGUUCACCAGCACUCUUGUGUUGGCCGUGAAGCACACUCAGUUUGCACUUGUCGCUAAACACCUGCCCCGGCAGUUUUACCCAUCACCGAACUCAGAACAGACUCUCUGUCCUGGGUACCACCAUGCUCAGAUGGGUCUUCAGACACUCAGUUAAUGUGAUCCACCUGAAAGAAAGGUCCUCAAGUUGGUUAUCAUGUAGCUUUGGAGUUCCAUAUAUUGAAGCACUCUCAAAUGAAAAAUUAAAUGUUAUGUCUAUUCUUUUUUCCUGUUUUAAAAGUUUUAGUGGUAAUAACACGAGCUAUAAAUUUGAGUCAGAGUUUUAGAGAAGAUUGGAGAAAUGAUCAUUUGCAGAGUCUACUUUGUCACUCAUUUGCUGUGUCAGGUCCCUUCUCUGAGCCUCAUUCUCCCUAUCAGCCAAACGAGGACAGACCUCCCUGGCCCCCUCCCAGGAUUUCUCAUUGUGAGAAUCAGCUGUGAUGGUCAUGUGUGCAAACGUCUCCUGUGGAGGGAGCACAAAGCACUGUGAAAUGUACAAUGUUAUCUGUGUGGUUCUGCUGGGAUGGACAAUGUGAUACACUAUGAUCUACUGGUGAAUGAGUUCACAUGGAGGUAACCAGAGCAAAACUAAAGGCCCCCUGUGACUCCGCUUCCUCUCGCCUGUUUUGCUUUAAAUUCACUUCCUUCACCUUUAACUUUCAAACAGCAUUUAUUAAACAUCUUUCUGCUGCUGAUUUUCUGCUGUUUCCGGCACCAAAUAAGUCAACAUUGAGCCCUGCCUUCUGCAAUCUUAGAAUCUAAGUCAGAUAACACAGACGGGUAUAAAAGAUGGACGAUACAGAUAAGUACAAUGGUUUAAACAUCAGUAAAAUGCAUUGAAAGUACACAAGUGCAUUAGGUAUCAGAAGAAGAUGUGGAAGUGGCACAUUUGGAAGUGGUGGGCUCUUGGGGAGGAGUCAACUUCGGAAGCUACUUUACUGAAGACGGGGGGGAGCCGCCCGGGCACAAGGCGAGAUGGUGUGUGAAGAGCCAAGAGGGGACCUGGGGAAGGAUGUAGCAAGUGGGUGAAGCUGUCAUUGAAAAUGAAUUUGAUCUGCUACAAUAUGAGGAUGAAAUCCCUAACCACGCUGUUUAGGGAGUUUCAAUAAAAGGAGAGGAGGAAGUGUUCCUAUGAGGAUAUGUUUGCAGUAAGACAGCAAGAAAAUGACGAGGUUGUGAAGAAAGUCUACAGAGGAAGAGAUCCGGGCUGGAGGAGCGGAGGGGAGAGUCCCAAGAACCGCUGAAGGAGCAAAUGUAAAGUAUGGAGAGAGUGCUAAGUAUUCCACCGAGGGUUACUGCUUAGAGCAGAUCUCAGUGGUCAGCGUUCAGCACAUUAAAUCCUUUGUGGAACAUAGUGGGUUAUAAAGAAAUGUAUUUGACUUCUUUACAGCUACCUACACAUUUUUCUCCAAAUUUUAUUUCAGAGUCUGUUUUGAUUUUGGUGGCACUUGGCUCUUGAGCAGCAGCCUAAGCGGGUUUUUGCCAACCAGAUUUUCAGGGCAUGAGGCCUGUGAUGCAGAGCACAGGUGAGGGUACGCCUGAAGGCUUUGGGCUGAAACAAGGAAUUCUGUGCUUUAUGAGCCUCCCAUUUAACUGUGUACAGGGUCAGUGUUUACUGCAUUGGCACAACUUCUUCGUGCUCUAGUGACCAAGCCGAUCACUCGGACACUGAUUUGCAUUUGCAGUAAUUCACAGGUUAAUCAUUAAAUUUCUCUGUCCCUUUCAUACUAGAUUCUUAGCCAUGAAUGAAUUUGUCAGUUGGAAGGAAAGCAGGAUAAGGUUCUGGGCCGGGGGGAAGAGGGCUCUAGUCUUAACUACCAUGCUGACUUCAGUGCUAGUUGAGUUUUAGCCAUUUCAUUUCUACCUCCAGAGCAAGUCUCCAAAGCCAGUCUCCAGAGCCUGCUUAUCCACAUUUGUCCCCGACAGGAGUGUGAGGAAGUCCACUUCUCUACCUGCACAUAGACCAUUUGAACCCAAAACACGUUUUUAUGGGACGGUAACUUGAACUUCAUUUUUGCAUUUCAUCCAACACGUUAACAGAUAACAGGUGAGAAGAGUUUCUAUGAGCAACUGCUGUAACAUACUCAUAAAAUGUAAUAGGCUUGCACCCAUCACCCAAUGAACAAGGAGUGUGUAUAUUUCAGGUUUCUUUUGAUAUUCUUGGAGGUGAUUUUUUCUCUAGUAUUAAAAAGACUUGAAAACUGAAACCUCACGGUACGAUCCUAAUUCCAUGCUGUGUGUGUAACAGGACACUUGAGAAUUUAUCUUAAGAACACGCAGCAGCAUUGAAAUUUAGGAAAAGAAUAUUAAAUGCCUUUGGAAACAUGAAACAAAGUUAGGAACCGGCGAGCGAGUGAGGGAAGGAGUGAAUGUCCUAAUUGGAGGCACUCUAGUCCGGAUGAGUUUCCUACAGGGUAGGUAAUUAUGCCGUUCCUUGCUUUUCCUUCUUGCUCCAGGUUUUCCUGCUCUGGGGCCACUUCACAUUUAAAGAAAGAGUGAAUAGGUAGAAGGGACAGAGAUGGAAAUGUAAGUGAUGUGAGUCUCUGAUUCCAUGGAACCUUUCUGGACAAGUUGGAGCAUCGCAGUCUCAUGCCCACCAGAUUUCAAGCAUUCGUAACUCAACUCCCUAAGUGUGCCAGUUAGGGAUAGUAGAGGGCCAGGUUCAAGCCAGAUACCCUGUACUGGUCCUCCUGGACCUGUGGGGCAAGGAGGAGGCACGAGGGAUGGAUGCUCCACCAAUUAGCUCAGUUGCUCUAAGCACCAGAGGGCUUGGUUCAGAAAAGGGGAGGAAGAACUCAACUUUGCCGUCCCUCAGAGCAUCGUGGAGGGAGCAUGGAGACCGGGCCAGCGUUGUCCUUACGGGAAAGGGGGGCUGAGCAGAGCCGCUCUGGGAUGCCCGCUUGUCUCCUCCUCCUUUGUCAAGGUCCAUGUUCUUCUGACUCUUUCUGCACUCUCGUUCCCAGAUUAUGAGUGUUAAUGUACGAAAAUAUGCAGAGUAAAUUGAGGUCCCUUGGGGCCUCAAUACUGCAACUUGAACUUGACAAUCAUGGUUUGCUGGUCUCAAAUGGACACUUAAACUUCAGUAUGGGUAUAUGAUUUAGUAAUUGAACCCUCCCUUCUAUUUGUCGGUUAUGUUUCUACCCUUCAAUUAGCUGCACUGUUUUCUAAUGUGCUGUAGAGUUUUUGAAAUAAUUUAUGCAAGUGUUUGGUUUCCAUGUUUACAAUUUAUACAGCUUUCCUAGCAUUUUAAAUGGAAAUGUCAAUAAAUGCUAUGAAUUGGU